AUGUUCGUUCCCAAGGCCGGUGGCCGUAGCACUCGUCGGCGCCCACGCACAAGCUCAGACGACUCUGUAAAACCCCCAAAGGCAAAGAGACAGCGCUCUGUUCUGCGGCGCCCGGAUGAAUAUCCCUCUGAUACCAAGCUGGGACGCGAGGUCGCACAAUUGACGACACCCACUCCAUCCAAUGGCGACACCCCUACGGACACAGCCAGCGAUUCUCACAUAGUUUCCCGGGUCGCGGACCAGGACGAUACCUCCGGCAAUAAUGAGGGGACAGUGGUAUUGUCAAGCACCGAUUUCUACACCGUGGACCAAUUACCAACGUUGCCAGAUCAAAUUCGCGGGUCACAGACAGAGCCUCUCAAAUGCUUCUUUGGGCCUGGGCAUGACCAUGCCUUAGCUUUGACCCAUUCACAUGCUAUUGUAUGGCCAUAUUCUACAUCCACCUCAACUCCAUCACCAUCGGAAACCUUUGAAGUCUCGAUUCCAGAGUCAUGCAGAGAUCCCAAGGGCGCGGUUCCACUCGGAGUUUUAUUAUCUACCGCUAUGGGAGAACAUCCAGGGCUCUUGGUGGUCAUUCCAUCCACGGGGAAGAUGAUCUACUGGGAGACCGUGUCCAGUGCCGCGUCGCUCGGCUUGUCCCGGCAAAAGCAGAAUGGCAUUCAGGGUUCUACCCCAGGUAUGCUUUCGGGUGAAUAUGCUACAGAAAUAAUCAACGGGGAGCCUUCCGGAGUCAUUGUGACAUUCUCUUCCGGGCGCGUGGCACAUGUUACGCUCAGAGAUCCCCAAGGAAAGCCAACUGUCACUGUCAACUUCCUUCGGAGCACUGCAGGAACUGGUGGCGGGUUAUUCGGGGGCCUCAAAAACGUCUUGGGGGGUGGGUACUGGAGAAAAGAAGUCACUGCUGUUAGAGCCGGUGGUUCCUGUCAGCGCGGUCAACGUGAUGUGGUUGUCGCAACCGCAACAGGGCUCAUUGAAAUAUGGGACGCGCACUGGAAUCACGGCAACACCCUCAAGAAGCGAUUUGAUGCGAGGGAAGAAAUUCUGGCUGCCAUUCCCCAGACUUACACGAAAUCCCCUAAUUCCAUUGAGGAUCUCCAGGUGAUGGACUUUGCUUUCUCUGCAAUUCGAUCUCCAGACGACUCUGCACUCGCUUCUGAAGGGUCCUGGCGCCUAUUCCUAGUGAUCAGGUCACCCCAGUGGUCAGAAUCCAGAGCUCUUUUCGUUGUUCAAGUUGACUUGACAAGCUCUUCUGGUUGUCGUGUUGUGUCCACCCACGCGGUGGAUGUUCAUCACAUCCCCGCACCGGUCCUUGAUGAAUCAAAGCCCAAGAUCUUUGUGCCAAGGCCCGAAGAAACAGCCUUUAUCCUCAUCGGUCAAUCUGUAAUUAUCAUGUCAUUGGUCUCGACGUUGGAAGACACGCCAUCUUCACAGCUUCUUCUUGGUGAGAACAAGAUACCAAUGCCUUUCCAAGAUACUAUUCACCUGAGAUCCGGCAAAGACCACGAAAUACUAGGAUCUACAUCAGAGGACCAAUCCCACAAUUCACAACAUCCGGCAUGCGUGCUAAUGCUUCGAAACUGUGGGUUGAUACGCAUCACGGUGCUCCCUCGCCCUGGAAAGACUAGCGAUGAUGUCGAAGAGCCUCAAAUUACGGCAAAGCAUAAGCUCGAGCAAGCUGUUUUCUUCGGUACUAUGGCGAAAAAUCCUCUGAAUCUUUCCGGCGCAAGCGAUUUGAACUUUCCCCCAUUGGAGAUGGAGCAAGCGUCCUUGGAAAUCUGCAGCGAACUGCUACGAUCAUCAUCCCGGUUUAUUCCCACUACGGCGAUAUCUCUUGGGCAAAAUCUUCGAAUCAGGGCAAAGGCAUUAGAUGACCUUGCGUCAUUACUUUUACAGAAUGGCAAUCCUCUAAGCCGACCAGCACGGUGGGAGCUCCUUUGGGCCGCUGAGAAAAUUGCUGCACAAAGAGCGAUGUGGAAGGUUCAGGAGUCAUUCAAGGCCAAAGCCGAGGAUGGGGAGCCUUUCCUCAACCUCGUCAUCGGAGCCAUGAACGACAAAUUCAAGUCCCCCGUCAACCCACUCCAAGGAGAGUCCGACCCCGUGCGUCAAUGGUUCUUACGAGAUUCAUACCGCAUGGAGCAUAUCAUCCCAUGGAUAAAGAAUGCCAUCAAACGUCGUCGGGGCAGUAUCUCAAUCAAUGCGCGUACCUUGGCGGACCAAAUACUGGAAGCGAGUGAGCUGUUUCUUGCUGUCACCGAAACCGCUUUCCGAUAUCGCGAUGAGCACAUUGUGCCGUAUGGGCUGAGUGAGGACUUCUUAGAGGACGGAGUUUUGUCCGAUGGAUACGAGGAUCUUCCCGAAUUUUGGACCUCCAGGGGGGUCGGUUACUCCGAGGCAGGAACUUUACUAGAUCUGGAACUUGACAGCUGCCGCUCAUGGCAAGCCUCGACAUCUACUGCUGAUGCGCCUGACGCACAGGUGCUCAACCAAGUCGCACAAAAUAGCUACCGACAUCUCCGCGUGCUCGGUCAGAUGCAUCUUGAACGCACGCGGUGGCUCUCAGCACAAGGGGACCCCAAACUCUUGGACGAAAGUGUGUCGAUUGAACAAGCCCACGCUGUAGACCGCAAGUGGAAGAUCUUCAAGUUGGCUGGUAUUGGCCACUUACACGAUGCCAUCAACUUGGCUGAAGGUUUCCGGGAUAUGGGUGCGUUAGUCGAAUUGAUCGUUGAACUUCACGACCAAGAAACGAGUCCGACAUCUGACGGCCCUGUCGGUCAAGCAGAGAUUGAGGCCGAGCAGCUGGUCUCCAAAUAUUUCGACAAGUUUGGUGACGCAUGGGCGGAUGCAUACUUCUCCCAGCAGAUAGCCAUGGGCUUCCCUGGGGCACUGUUUACCAGGAAGUAUCAAUCCGCUGUCACUCAAUUCCUUCGGAGGAACCCUGCGUACUCUCGUCUCAGCUGGAUCAACGAUGUGAGCGGAGAGAACGAUUACGACGCGGCCGCAGACUCGUUGGAAAACCUAGCGCUCAACGGUGAAAAGGAUCUUUGGAGUCACCGUGUAGAGAUUUCGCUAGCAAAGUUAGGCAAGUUGGCGACGCAGGAGCAAAAGCAGUCAUCUCCUCAGAUCUCCACUCUGCAGAACGAUGUGAGACGUCUUGAGGACUACGUUGAGGUUGAUGGGAUCCAAGACAUUCUUUAUGCGCAUAUUCAACCCACUUGGCAGGGUGCGAUCGACAGAAAAGCAGAGGCUGAGCUCGCUCUCGAUUUUUAUGGGGGACACAUGUUCGAGGACCGUCCAUCGCUUCAUGAACUCUUGAGUGAGGCGCUUUCAACCUUGGUCAACCAACAAGUUGUUGGUAUUGACGGCCUUGUCGAUGUCCUUACCUUGAUGGGCCCUACCCAACCCACGGAUGACCGAGGGUAUGAGCUUGUCAAAAGCGAGUCCCACCUUGCGUUGCAGGUGCUUGAUUACGGUCGCUAUGGCCAGCGGGAUCCUGCAUACCUUGCGUCUUUGCAACGAUUGAUCUGGCGACGCUGCCUCAUCAAAGACGAUUGGGUGGCUCGGGGCAAGGCUGCCGAGAAACCCAGUGGCAAUUCAGAAACUUACAUUGGCGAUACUGCUUUGUACCGGGCACUAAUUGCAUGCUUAGAAGAACCGAGAGCCAGGGGCUGUUCUGUCUACAAGCCAAUGUCCCCCUCAGAGGCGCUGAUGGCAGACUCGGAUUCUGAUAUUCUCCUGUCACGCUUCCGCCCCGAGCAAAAGUCCCGCGUAGCCCUCGAUCUUGAGGUCGAGAAUGAUGUCCUGCGCCGGUACAUUGAGAUUGGAAAGGUCGACUUCUGGUUCCAAAAUCUGCGUGAGACUGCAGAGGCUCAAUCGUCGCCCCCCAAUGAUACCUCCGGGGGUGAUGGAGUUGCUGAGAUAAACGCUUGA